AUGCCGAUCAACAGGAAUCGAACUGCCCGACAAGCCGGAUAUGGCGGCGGUGAUAUCGGUGUAAAUGCUGGUGGCGGUGAAGCGCAAGGUGGCUGCGAAGGUUGCUGCUUGCCUGGACCACCAGGCGCAAAAGGCCCACCUGGCAGACCUGGAAAACCAGGAAGACCUGGAGCACCGGGAUUGCCAGGAAAUCCAGGACGGCCGCCAGGCCAACCAUGCGAACCUGUCACUCCACCACCGUGUCAGCCAUGUCCGCCUGGACCUCCUGGACCACCUGGUCCGCCAGGACCACCGGGAGAUGCUGGGCCAGAUGGUGCCCCAGGAUAUGGUGGCGGAGCUGGAGCGCCUGGACCAGCAGGGCCGAAGGGACCGCCCGGACCACCCGGAGAACCAGGACCUCAGGGACCACCCGGAGCACCAGGAGAAGGCGCGCCAAGCGGAGGUGUUACUCCGGGUGAACCAGGACCUCCAGGUGAUAUGGGACCACCAGGACCGCCUGGAGCACCUGGACAACCUGGUGCUGAUGGACCACCGGGACCACCAGGCCCGAAGGGGCCGCCUGGACCAGCAGGAGAGCCUGGCGCAGCUGGACAACCAGGAGCACCGGGACAACCUGGUGCACCGGGUGCACCUGGCGAGAAAGGUAUCUGCCCGAAAUACUGCGCCAUCGAUGGUGGUGUUUUCUUCGAAGAUGGAACACGGCGGUAA